AUGGUAACCCCACAGUCUAAUCUUCCCCCAGGUUUUAGGUUCCACCCUACUGAUGCAGAACUCAUUCUUCACUAUCUUAGAAAAAAAAUUGCCUCUAUUCCUUUACCUGUUUCCAUCAUUGCUGAAGUUGAUAUUUACAAAUUAGAUCCUUGGGAAUUACCAGCCAAGGCUUUGUUUGGUGAGAAAGAAUGGUAUUUUUUUAGUCCUAGAGAUAGAAAGUACCCAAAUGGUGCAAGGCCAAACAGGGCAGCUGCUUCAGGGUAUUGGAAAGCCACUGGAACUGAUAAGACAAUAGUUGCAUCAUUGCCAUGUGGAGGAAGGUCACAAGAGAAUAUUAUUGGUGUCAAAAAGGCACUUGUUUUUUACAAAGGAAAACCUCCAAAGGGCAUUAAAACUAAUUGGAUCAUGCAUGAAUAUCGCCUUGUUGAUAAUAAUAAACCAAUUAAACUCAAAGAUUCCUCCAUGAGGUUGGACGAUUGGGUAUUAUGCCGAAUUUAUAAUAAAUCAAAAUGCGCGUUAUCAUCAACGGAGUCAGAAUCAAUAAUAGGCGAAAUAGAACACGUGGACGAUACGUUAUUCAAAGAAACUCAUUUUCCAAUCACAAAGAACACAACACCUCCUCACCAAAACACACUCAUGUCACAAAAAUCAGUCUCUUUCUCAAACCUAUUAGAUGCUAUGGACUACUCCAUGUUAAGCAAUUUCUUAUCAGAAAACCAUUCCAACAAUCCAUCAGGAAUUGGAACAAGUUCAAACUUCAACAACACUGAAAACUUUAACCAACAACAACAAUCUUCCCAAAUCAACACCAACAACAAUUACAUGUCACAAAACAAGAAUCCUUUAAAGCACCAUCUUUCAAACAUAGAUGAGGACAACAACAUGUUAUUGUACCCAUCAAAGAAAUUCUUGAGCUCCUCUUGCAAUUUCUCUAACAUCAAUACACAAUAUGAAAGCUACCUCAUGAAGCAAUCUUUGAUGAAUCAACAAUUGGUUUUAGGUCCUCAUCAUCAAUAUCAAGGAUAA